GGCGCGCGCAGUUCCACUUCCGGCGUAUGAGGCGGUGACAAUGGGAGCAGCGCGGGCGGCGCCGGGAGGCAGCUGACAAGCGUUUGCGGCUUCGCUUCAUGGCCGCUCUCCCGCCCCUCCUGGGAUCUGUGGGGAGCUGGGGAGCCCGCAGCGGCCCGGAGCCGGAGCUGGCGAGCCGAGCGGAGACCUGUGCGCCGCGCCUCUGAGGCGCAGCAUGUGAAGCGGAGACGGCAUCCAGUGGGGGGCGAGCCUCUCAGCCGGCCGGGAUGGCUACCACGGCCGAGCUCUUCGAGGUGGGCCCCGGCGGCUCUACAGGGAGUGGCAGGCCCGGGGUUUGCAGGCAGCUGGGUGGGCGGGCCGAGGAGCGGGCGUUUGCUGGCUGCCCAGGAGGAGCCCUCGGGAGAGAGGAGCCUUUUGUGGCAGAUGAAUAUAUUGAACGUCUUGUAUGGAGAACCCCAGGAGGAGGCUCUAGAGGUGGACCUGAAGCUUUUGAUCCUAAAAGAUUAUUAGAAGAAUUUGUAAAUCAUAUUCAGGAACUCCAGAUAAUGGAUGAAAGGAUUCAGAGGAAAGUAGAGAAACUAGAGCAACAAUGUCAGAAAGAAGCCAAGGAAUUUGCCAAGAAGGUACAAGAGCUGCAGAAAAGCAAUCAGGUUGCCUUCCAACAUUUCCAAGAGCUAGAUGAGCACAUUAGCUAUGUAGCAACUAAAGUCUGUCACCUUGGAGACCAGUUAGAGGGGGUAAACACACCCAGACAACGGGCAGUGGAGGCUCAGAAAUUGAUGAAAUACUUUAAUGAGUUUCUAGAUGGAGAAUUGAAAUCUGAUGUUUUUACAAAUUCUGAAAAGAUAAAGGAAGCAGCAGACAUCAUUCAGAAGUUGCACCUAAUUGCCCAAGAGUUACCUUUUGAUAGAUUUUCAGAAGUUAAAUCCAAAAUUGCAAGUAAAUACCAUGAUUUAGAAUGCCAGCUGAUUCAGGAGUUUACCAGUGCUCAAAGAAGAGGUGAAAUCUCCAGAAUGAGAGAAGUAGCAGCAGUUUUACUUCAUUUUAAGGGUUAUUCCCAUUGUGUUGAUGUUUAUAUAAAGCAGUGCCAGGAGGGUGCUUAUUUGAGAAAUGAUAUAUUUGAAGAUGCUGGAAUACUCUGUCAAAGAGUGAACAAACAAGUUGGAGAUAUCUUCAGUAAUCCAGAAACAGUCCUGGCUAAACUUAUUCAAAAUGUAUUUGAAAUCAAACUACAGAGUUUUGUGAAAGAGCAGUUAGAAGAAUGUAGGAAGUCUGAUGCAGAGCAAUAUCUCAAAAAUCUCUAUGAUCUGUAUACAAGAACCACCAAUCUUUCCAGCAAGCUGAUGGAAUUUAAUUUAGGUACUGAUAAACAGACUUUCUUGUCUAAGCUUAUCAAAUCCAUUUUCAUUUCCUAUUUGGAGAACUAUAUUGAGGUGGAGACUGGAUAUUUGAAAAGCAGAAGUGCUAUGAUCCUACAGCGCUAUUAUGAUUCGAAAAACCAUCAAAAGAGAUCCAUUGGCACAGGAGGUAUUCAAGAUUUGAAGGAAAGAAUUAGACAGCGUACCAACUUACCACUUGGGCCAAGUAUCGAUACUCAUGGGGAGACUUUUCUAUCCCAAGAAGUGGUGGUUAAUCUUUUACAAGAAACCAAACAAGCCUUUGAAAGAUGUCAUAGGCUCUCUGAUCCUUCUGACUUACCAAGGAAUGCCUUCAGAAUUUUUACCAUUCUUGUGGAAUUUUUAUGUAUUGAGCAUAUUGAUUAUGCUUUGGAAACAGGACUUGCUGGAAUUCCCUCUUCAGAUUCUAGGAAUGCAAAUCUUUAUUUUUUGGACGUUGUGCAACAGGCCAAUACUAUUUUUCAUCUUUUUGACAAACAGUUUAAUGAUCACCUUAUGCCACUAAUAAGCUCUUCUCCUAAGUUAUCUGAAUGCCUUCAGAAGAAAAAAGAAAUAAUUGAACAAAUGGAGAUGAAAUUGGAUACUGGCAUUGAUAGGACAUUAAAUUGUAUGAUUGGACAGAUGAAGCAUAUUUUGGCUGCAGAACAGAAGAAAACAGAUUUUAAGCCAGAAGAUGAAAACAAUGUUUUGAUUCAAUAUACUAAUGCCUGUGUAAAAGUCUGUGCUUACGUAAGAAAACAAGUGGAGAAGAUUAAAAAUUCCAUGGAUGGGAAGAAUGUGGACACAGUUUUGAUGGAACUUGGAGUACGUUUUCAUCGACUUAUCUAUGAGCAUCUUCAACAAUAUUCCUACAGUUGUAUGGGUGGCAUGUUGGCAAUUUGUGAUGUAGCCGAAUAUAGGAAGUGUGCCAAAGACUUCAAGAUUCCAAUGGUAUUACAUCUUUUUGAUACUCUGCAUGCUCUUUGCAAUCUUCUGGUAGUUGCCCCAGAUAAUUUAAAGCAAGUCUGCUCAGGAGAACAACUUGCUAAUCUGGACAAGAAUAUACUUCACUCCUUCGUACAACUUCGUGCUGAUUAUAGAUCUGCCCGCCUUGCUCGACACUUCAGCUGAGAUUGAAUUUACAAAGGAAUUCAGUGUCAGUUCCUUUACAGAGGAAUGUCUUAUACUUCAGCAGCCCUCGGUUGAUAGAAAGCACAGGAGAUACCUUAUGACACAGCCAACAUUUUGUGAAACAAUGACUGGAACAAAACAGCAGCCAUACUUACCUUUGAGGUUUUAUUUAAAGUUUGGAUACCACUAGCUAUAUUUUGCUUUUUUCCCCUCACAUUGAAUUUUAAUUCCAUUCUUGAAUGUAGAAAUUUCAGAUUCUCUAAAACUACAUGUCACUGUUUUUAUCCUAGAAAAUGUUGCUGUCAGAAGGCAAAGGAAAUGUUACCAGUGUUUUCGGUUCUUGUACUUUUAACAUAUUCCAUUUAGAAAUUUUGCCAUUCUGUUUUCCAUUAAUAAUAGGUGAAAUACAGGAAAACUACAUUUGUUAUUCCUCAGUUUUUAAUGACCUUUUCAGCAUCAAUUGUUAAUCAGAUUAUUUUAGGUUUUCGUAAAUAAUUUUUUUGCCUCUUUCAAAAGGUUAACAAUUAAGCAUACUUUCUGCAGUUGGUUGAUUGGAUUUUUUUCUGAGGUACAGCUUAAUACUAGUCCAAAAAAUGUCAUAAACUGAACUAAAAUGAUGAAAUAUUUUAUGUAGACAUUAGGAGUGGAUCGGAAUACUUCUGCUUUCUGGGUAAAACUUAAAAGUUUACUAUUUCUUAUUUGGUAAAUAGAUUUUAAGCCAAUUCUAGUAAGAAAUUAAUAAAACUACCUUAUUUUGUAUUUCACUUAAGGUGGAGGACCUUAACUAAAGGACCAUAUUUAUUCAUUAUUUUAAUAUAAGGGAAGUGAAAAAAAGUGAGGUAUAGUCUAAAUGGUGCAUAUAAGAAAUACUGACAGUGUUUAGCAACAUGCAGCCCUUUAAGAUUUCUGUCGUAAUGCUAAACUUGAAUAAGAUGGAAUGGCUGAACAUGUGGUUAGUCUUUUAUUUUAAGAAGAAUUGAGAAUUGAUAGAUUUGGAGAUGAGCUUUGCAAAGGCUGUUUGCUUUUCAUGUCUAUAGGUCUGUCAUUGUCCUUUUUCAAAGCAUUUCUGAAGUUAUUCCUACUUGGAUAUAGUUAAUGGAAUUGGCUUAAUUUGAUGACAUAAUAAAUCACUUAUAAAAUUUUAAAUAUCAAGUGAAAAUUUAGAAAGGCUAUUACUAUUCUAUAAACCUUAUAAACUUGCUCUGGGAGAAUGCAUUCUAAAUUAUAUAUAGUGUUUCAGCUCCCAUUGUGGUGUUCAUAGUCUUCUAGGAACAGAUAAACUUAAGUAUUCAAUUCACUCUUGGCAUUUUUUCUUUAAUAUAGGCUUUUUAGCCUAUUUUUGGAAAACUGCUUUUCUUCUGAGAACCUUAUUCUGAAUGUCAUCAACUUUACCAAACCUUCUAAGUCCAGAGCUAACUUAGUACUGUUUAAGUUACUAUUGACUGAAUUUUCUUCAUUUUCUGUUUAGUCCAGUGUUACCAAGGUAAGCUAGGGAAUGAAGUAUACCAACUUCUUUCAGAGCAUUUUAGGACAUUAUGGCAGCUUUAGAAGGCUGUCUUGUUUCUAGCCAAGGGAGAGCCAGCUCAGGUUUUGGAUACUAGAGAAAGUCAUAUGCUUGUACUAUUGCCAUUUUAGAAAGCUCUGAUGUGAAUUCAAAUUUUACCUCUGUUACUUAAAGCCAACAAUUUUAAGGCAGUAGUUUUACUGGCCAUUUAAGCUCUUUGUACAGUGUCAAUUUGUAAAAAAGAAAAAACGAAAAAAAAUCUCAAAUAAAACAUGAGAUAACAUUUUAAGACUUCCAAAUCAGAGAAGUGCUUCAAAUUAUUUUGUUUGGAUUAAUUUUUAAAAUGUAAAGCAUAUACUUGUUGCUUAGUUAUUUUGUUGAUUAUUUUCAUGUUUGAGUUCUGUGCAAUAUUUUCUAUUAUGUCCGUUGAUAGGACAGUGACAAAAUUCGUAAGUGAAUACUUAAUUUAAAAGUGUUAACAUUAAUGCUCAAUAAACAAAUUCCCUGCA